AUGAUUAGUGCAAUUUCUUUACUGGCGUGGGUCUCUGAGAAAGACGUUCAACGAUUCUACUCGGAGAAACACCAAAGUUUAAUGAAGACGAAAGUAGACGAUAUUGAAAAGGAGAAAUGGAGAAAACAUUCCCUGUAUAAGUUAAGCAAAGAAGAACUGAUGUCAAAGUGCGUUGAGAAAAAACUAGACUCGACUGGAAAUAAGGUAAAUAUGGUGAGGCGUCUUUCACUGGUUUAUCCUUCUGAAGAGCUUGACGACAACCCAUUAUUGUAUGACGGUGAUUUGAUGUCAGUUCCUGGUAACAUUGCUGGUCUCAAUCGAUUAAAUGUGGCUCAGUUAAGAGAAAUUUUAAGACACCACGGAAUUCUCGAGGAUGGAGUGAAAGAGGAGCUUGUUCUUCGAGUUGGGCUACUCAAAGGUGGUAGGGAAAAGGCAGUUUUCUCACGGGAACGAAUUUCUAUUAUUCAGGCAAUAUCAUUUGCUGAAGAACUAUUUACCGUUACCAAAACGUUAUCAACUGAACGAGUCUGUCGUGUCCGAGAAUAUUCAAGAUGCAACGAAUCCCACUACCGAACGAGAGACAAACCUUUAUUGUCUAUUUAUCAAACACGAAUUAGUUCAUCUGCCCAAAACAGUGAAUGUAUAAAGAAGGAAUUUGAAGCAACCCUUCAGCCUUUAAAACAAGCCGUGAAGAGUGAAGAAGAGGCAGCAACAGUUGCACACAAACUAGGCACUGAUGACAAACCAUAUGUAAACAAACAAACGAGUUUGCCUAAGGAAAAAAACAACACUAAAGGAAAGUCCGAUAAAUUAUCAGUUCGAAAAUCUGUCAGGCUAGCUUCUGCUACAGGUAAAACAACAGACGAAUUUGCCAAAGUCAAACAGUUGCUAACAAACAUUGGAACACAAGUGGAAGUGUAUUGGUCGGAUGCAGAAUUAACUGGAACGAACUGGGAAAGUGGUUGGUAUUUGGGAGAAGUGCAAUCAUACGAUGAAGAUGAAGAUAUUAUACAUGUCAUGUAUGAGAAAGAGAAAACUCACUUGUAUAGUAUUUGCAUCAUGGCAGGACUAUUAGAAGGAAUUAUUCGCCCUGUUGGAUAG